AUGGAGCGCUCCACUGGCAAGACCAUGGACUGCUUCGUAGAGUUUGUGACCAACAGCGAGGCCAGGGAAGCUGUGUCGCGUAUUGACCGUCUGCACGAGGUCUCCCAGGGCCCGCGCAUGGGAAACCGACAUGUCGAUGUCUCGCUCAGCUCCCAGGAUGCUCUCCUGAAGGCUUUGUUUCCGAAGGCCAAGUGCAUCCGGUGGGAGGCGGGUCGUCCGGUGCAACUGCCCAAGCGAGCAGAUGAAGAGUGGUCCACUGGCUUCGUCGGCUUCAUGACUGACGAGGAGCUGUUCUGCGUGGCUCGACAUGCCAAAGAGCCCCACCGAAGUGCGUUCGCGGGAAAGGUCCCCCAACGAACCUACGAAUCCAUCAUCAGUACCAUCUGGAAGUUCCCGUGGUACGCCGUCAACAUGUACACCGUGCAUGCUCGUAACAAGCUUUACGAGACGCUGCGAACCAUGAUCGAGGCGUUGCUUGAGCGCUUGUGUGCUGGACGGACCGUCGGCUUGGACCGUCGCCUGUUGUCUGAGCUGCUUCGUGCCGGUCUCGAGUGCCCGGCGUUUAACCCGCGGAUGAAGUGGACCCUUGCAACCUGCAGUGAUGAGCAGCAAAUCCUGAGUCGUAUGCAUGAAGCCUGGCUCCCAUACUUCCCCUUCGACACACUCACCUGGCUACCUCCUAACAACCCCACCGCGUUAGAGUUCUACGCGAUGCUGAUUGCAAAGGGCCGGAUCGGUGAUGUUGCAGAGGGUCUCAAAAACUGUCACACCCGCCCCGAGUACCUCGAGCCCUACGGCAAGAAGUGGUUCGAGUGGCGAGGCCCUGUUACCUCGGAGAAGAAGUUCUCUGAAGCCAUUCAGCACGAGAAGCAGGUCCUGGUCAACCUACUUACGACCGGAUAUAAUGUGAUGAAGAACGAGCGGCCCCGGUACUCGUCGCACGGCAUUAUGCCGCGCCCGGCCUCGGCAACCACGACCCACGCCUCCGUCGAUAACCAGCCCGGAGGCGUGCCUCUUGUUGGCAGCUCGCAGAUGCCAUCGCGACAGACUUCCUCCGUGCUGUCCUCUGGACAGCCGACUUCCCGCGCGAAUCCUCGGCACCAGCAAACGGGUUCCACGCGGCCGCACGAGGAGACCCGCUGGCCCAGCCAGGGGCCCAACCCCUACGACCCUGAUCCCCCUUCCCGGCGCCCCCUUGGCCCUCCCGCUCCCCCUGCCCACCGCGGCUCCCGCGGAUCGCGUGGUUCCGCCUCCGGCCACUGGCGUGGCCUUUCUGGAGGAAGCGCGUUCCCCCAGUAG